UGGUGGGUUUAAUUCAUGCGUGUGCUGUGUCUUGCAGGUGAAGAUGAACAAUCUACUGAGAUGGCUGCAAGGUGGGAAGACGAGAAGGUGACUGAAGCAGCAUCAGAUGGUUUUGUUGCUAUUAAAAUUGACACCAAAAGUGAAGCAUGCCUGCAGUUUUCUCAAAUUUAUCCUGUAGUGUGCGUCCCAUCCAGCUUUUUUAUAGGAGACAAUGGAAUCCCUUUGGAAGUUAUUGCUGGCAGCGUUUCUGUGGAGGAGCUUGUUACCAGAAUCCAUAAAGUCAAACAGAUGCACACAGGGAAAGGGCGGCCUUUGGAAAAUGGCAGUCAGGCAUCUGCUCCCUGUCCCUCCUCUCAGUCUGAUGGUGCUCCAGAAAGUGCAGAAUCCAGAGCAGGGGUUUGUGACUCUCCUAAGGCUGUUAUGCCUGAGACAAUAGCAUCUUCUGCUGGUAAUGAUGAAGCAAACUCACGUCAAGCAAGCCAGGAAGCAACUAAUUCUACAGAUGAGCAAGCAAAUGAUGCUCAGCCUGUGAAUGAUCUUACACGCAAAGUAGAAAGGUUAACAAAAAGGCUUGAAGAAAGAAGAGAGGAGAAAAGGAAAGAAGAAGAACAGAAAGAAAUUAAGAAAGAAAUUGAAAGAAGGAAAACCGGUAAAGAAAUGUUGGAGUACAAAAGACGACAGGAAGAAGAAUUGACCAAACGUAUGUUAGAAGAAAGGAACAGAGAAAAGGCAGAAGAGAAGGCUGCUAGAGAGCGCAUAAGGCAACAGAUUGCAAUGGAUCGUGCUGAGAGGGCAGCUCGCUUUGCAAAAUCGAAGGAAGAAGCAGAAGCUGCAAAAGCUGCAGCUCUUCAGGCUAAACAGGCUGAAAUAGAGGCCAGAAAAGAGGCAGCUCAAAGGGAACGAAGUGCAAUAGCCAGGAUUCAGUUCCGCCUCCCUGAUGGAUCUUCCUUCACUAACCAGUUCCCAUCUGAAGCACGGCUAGAAGAAGCCAGGCAGUUUGCUGCACAGACGGUUGGUAACACUUAUGGCAAUUUUUCACUGGCGACAAUGUUUCCCAGGAGGGAGUUUACCAAAGAAGAUUAUGGAAAGAAGUUACUAGAACUCGAGCUAGCACCCAGUGCUUCAGUAGUGUUGCUGCCGGCGGGAAGACCUGCGACUUCUGUUGUUCAGGCUUCAGGCAGCGAUCUGUGGAAGUUCUUGGGCACAAUCCUUUAUCCCCUUUUAGCGGUUUGGAGAUUCAUUAGCAACUUUCUGUUUACGAGCCCACCUCCCUCACAGCCCUCUGUGAGAUCAGCCCAUCAGCGAGACCACUCAUCUCCCUCAGCGUCGGGCAGCAUUGAGCAAAGCAGGCAAGCAGUCAGGAAACGAGUAGUGGAAAAGCGGGGGGAAGACUUCAAAAAAGAAGGCAAAAUAUAUAGACUGAGGACUCAAGAUGAUGGAGAAGAUGAAAACAAUACUUGGAAUGGAAAUUCUACACAACAAAUGUAGUUUUGAGUAACUGCAGUUACUAUCAGGCUGCUUUUCUUCUUUUUUUUCUUUUUUUUUCUUCUCUUAUUUGAUCUAAGUCAACUAAAGCUUCUGGACAAGUGGGGCUUAUUUUACACUGACUGAAUUACUUAAUUCUUAUUCCUGUGGUGGAUUAUGGAAUAAAGUCACCUGUGUCAGAAAAAUCAAGUGGGUGUAAGUGGAAACUAU